GAAAUACAUAUACAUUUAUUUUUGAGUAUCGAAUACUUUAAUUCUCAUAAAACCCAUUCUCUGUAGGUUUAGAUUUCGUUUGAGAUAUACACACAUAUAUUCUUCGUGCAGAAUAAAAUAACUUUUCUAAUAUACAUGAAAUAGCAUCAUAUCUGGAUAAUUCUUUCGAUUUCACAUUGAUUUUGUUUGCUUUCAAUUCUUUUCGUCAUCCUCUAUUAAUUGUAAUUCACAACUAAACAAAAGCCUCUGGCGUUAUCAGUUUUCUUCACCCUUUUAAUCGAUAUAUAGAUCAACUACCAACCUUUUAUCUCUGCAAUUCAAUUCAUAUCAGCUUCAUAAAUUCUUGAUCAUAAAGGUCAAAUUUUGAUUUCUGGGUAUUGUCAAGAAUUGAAUUCUAGGACCUGGGUUGUGCUCCGAGUUGCGAGUCAACUCGAGGUAUGGCAGGUUUAAAGAAUUUAGAUAAAUGGAGGGAGUUUUUUAGAAGUAGUUGUAAUUCUGAUAUAUUUGAUAUAAUUGAACACGCUAUCUAUGUUGCUGCUUCUGAUUGUCCAAAAGAGUUUAAGUUGAGGAGAGAUCGGAUUGCUGAGACUUUGUUUUCUUCUAAAUUGAUUAAAUGUGUUGGUUGUGAUCAUGUUGAGCUGGGUGUGAAAUUAGAGGGUGUUGAUGAUGAGGAGGAGUUUAAGAAUGAUGGUGGUUUUGAAUUUGAGGGUGGGAGGAGUAAGGAGAGCAAGGUGGAUAGUUGUAAAGAUGAUCAUGAUGAUGAUGAUCAGCAUGCUGGUCAGAUGAAUGAUCAGAUGGUUAGUCAGCUUAGUUAUGACGAUGCCGAGGCGUUAACUGAUGAGUUGGAAAAGGAGUUACAGAUUCAUGGAGAGGUUUUGAGGAUUAAAGAGAUUUUGGAGAACAGUGAAGAUGAGCCAAUUUCGUUGGUUAUUGAUUCAUUAAGGCGGCUUGAAUUGAUGGCGUUGUCUGUGGAAACUCUGAAGGCCACUGAGAUUGGAAAAACUGUUAAUGUUCUCCGAAAGCAUGGCUCAAAGGACAUCCGUCAACUAGCUCGCACACUCAUUGAGGUCUGGAAGGUUCUGGUGGAUGAGUGGGUAAAUACCACAGCAACAGAAGCAGGUGCCCCUGAAGGUGCUACCCCAGAAUCUGUUAACCCCUCCACUGUUGUUGAUGAAGAGAAUGGGCUGCCUUCACCUCCAUUGGAUGAUUUAACAUUUUUGGCUACUCAGCCAGCUACAAUGGAGUUUUCUCGGUUCUUUGAUGGCUUGGAAGAUGAAGAGAAUCCUGCACAUUGUGGCAAACUCGACGAGAACAAAGAGACUGGUAGGAAACAGGUGCAGAACAACAGAAUUGUGAAGCACAGGCAAUGCCUUCCUGUUGAGUCCAUCACUCCGCCAAAGGACAAAAAAAUUGAAAGCAGGAAACUAGAUGCUUCACUAAAUAAACAAGUUGCUUCUUUGAAACCAAAGCUGCCAGUUGCAGACACUAGAGCUUCAAGACCUGUAAAACAAAGUGCGAAUCAGAGGGUUCACACCGAGACAAAGUUGCAGCAGAAACCAGAAAAAGUUGCAAUUCAGAGGCCACCUGCGUCUCAACAAAAUAUACCAAGGCAUUCAAAUGAGGCUUCUGUUCAAGAAAAACUUGAAGCUACUAAGAGGAAGCUCCAGGAACGAUACCAACAAGCUGAGAAUGCUAAGAGGCAGCGGACAAUCCAGGUUAUGGAAUUGCAUGAUCUUCCCAAGCAGGAUCUUGGCCAUAAAAAUUCCCACGGCAAGCCUGGCAACAACCAUAAAAGGCAUUGGGCUAAUGGGCGUCGCUAGUUCUUCUAAUUUUGUGAGCGUGAUUUCAGCGACCAACCAAAGUUUCAUCCAAACUGCAUUGUAAGUAGUGCAGGCAAAUAAGCUUAAGUUGUUCCUGAGACUGUUGAGGCAAACAUUUAGGAACUCCUAUUGUUAAAAAUAGGAGACAUUUUUAGGUCGAUAGUUACGAUCAACAGGGGAAAGACCAGUGUACAUUGUAUCCUAUCUGGUGUUUUUUUUCCUUCAUGUUAUAACUUUAACCUUUUCUCUCGACUUGUAUUAAGGUAAGUCCUCAAAUUUGGUACCUUUACCUUUAAUUUGAUGAAAUUUACCACCAAA